GUCAGAGAUUACCUUAGUGACACCAGGUGACACCAUGCAGUGAGGUAGCAGUGUCAAGCGCGUCGUGCCCAUUUCCCACUUGCCUCCCAAGUGUAUCGUAUUCUAUAAAGUCACCAUCCAUCUGUAUCGCUAGCCUAUUGUUUCUCUCCCAACUUUCUUUUCUUUCGUUAAGGUUGAGCUGGUCUCUUCCUUGUGCUCUAUUUGCACGUUUACAUUCGCUUUCUUUCGACAAACCCUCUUUGUUUUUUUGAGACGACUCUGAGCAGCGCUCGAUUCCACUCGUUCCACCCCCUUUCUCGACCGCCGACAUUCUUACCUCUUCAACCAAUGGGAAAGCUCAUCUGGCAUGAACUAAGUCGCUACAUCUCCCUCACAGCGAGUGUCUAUGCAGUAUGGGCUAGCUUCUGGGGGUUUUUCUUUCGCAAGUUCUUUUGGGACUUCAUUGGUGGCACCCUACGCGCUCCCGGUGGUCUGCAACCAUCUCCCAAGGUUGCUAUAUUUAUCACGGUUAUUGUUAAACAUCCUAUUGUGCAGAUAGCCACAAUGGCCCUCGGAUUUAUCAUGAUCACCCUGGAAUAUCCCCUACCCGUCCUGAAGGGAACUGCCAUACACAGGAGCAUCAUUCUUAGAGUGGUGUUACUGACAAUACAAGCAUCCGGAACGGUGCUUUUCUACCAAGGGACAAAUGCGGCAUUGUGGUCAUUGAUUGCCGUAAUGUUUUAUAUCCGUGCAUUAAUGUUGAGAGAGAAAAUGGAGGAAGGAAAAAGAAAUACAGGCCCAGUGGAGCAGGCAUAACUUGUGCGUUUACACACGCGAUCCCCAAGUUUUGAACGAUAGACUGUCGGUCUGCGACUGCAGUGUACUUGUUUCCCUUUUCAAUAUCUUUUGCUCCUUGUUGUACAUGUACAGUACUUACCAGUGUAUCAAGAUAUCAAGAACGUUGGGUUUCGAACAAGAAAUGAUUACAC